UUUGGAUGAGAUUAUUUUUAAUUCGCCUGCUAGAACUGUUUUACCUGGAAGAAAAAAUACAUUAAAGAAUUUGUGUAAAUUAGCAAUAAAAAAGUUUGAACAACUCCAAAUGGAUCCAUCAGAUGUUCUUUAUCAAAAUAUUUGUUUAUCAAUGGAAAAUGAACAAGAAUAUUUUUUUAGUAUUUUUCCUCUUAAUUUUAAACAAUUUUCUUCUCCGCCAAAUGAACAAAUUAAUUAUUUAGUUAUUUGUCAAAAUAUUCAAAAUAUAUCAAAAGGAACUACUGGAUUGUGUUGCUGGCAGGCCUCUUUUGCUCUAGCUGAUUUUUUAUUUUUAUCAUUUUCUACCAAUUUAUUGCCAUAUCUCUCCAAUGCAAAAUAUAUUUUAGAAUUGGGCACUGGCUGUGGACUUGUUGGAAUUUUGCUUGCAAAACAAUUUUGUUUAAAUAAAAAUAAAGAAAUUAAAUUAAUUUUGAGUGAUUCUGAUAAUUUUGUUUUGGAAUUGUUAAAUAAAAAUAUUAAAUUAAAUUUUGGUAAUAUUGAAGAUAAUUUAAUUGUUGAAUCGAAAUAUUUGGAUUGGACUAAUUUUAUUCCAAAUGAUUUGCCUCCAGCUGAUGUUAUUGUUGCUUCAGAUAUUAUUUAUGAUCCAGAACUUUUCCCUUCAUUAAUUAAUUUAUUAAAAUGUUUACUUUCAAAUAAUCGAAGCUUUUUCAAUUCUCCAAUUGCAAUUAUUGCUUGUACUAUUCGAAAUCCAGAAACUUUAAAUUUAUUUUUAAAUUAUUUAGAGGUUUUUUGA